AUGUCACAUGAACUAUCAGCGACAAAUAAAAAAGAAUUUCGUUCAUUUGUAUUACUUUUAAAACAAUCACAUCCAACAUGGAAAUCUAAAGAUAUUACAAAUUUUCUUAUUCAGUCCGAAAAUCCCCCACCUUAUACAACUGAAAGUGCUUUGAACGUCAAAGUUUGGAGAAUUCUAAAUAGAAACCAGGUGAAUGAUUUACCAAGAUCUGGUGCACCACGUACAACAACAACACUUGAAUAUAUUCAGGCUGUAAAAAAUAAUCUUCGACUAACCAAAAGCGCAACCAUCAGAAAUGUUAAUGCAAAACUUCAACAACAAGGUUUUCAAACUUCGAAAAGUUCAAUUUGGCGAACUAAACAAUUAUUAUAA